UCCCCGUACUCAUCUGCAUCUGAUACAUGUCUUGGCUGCGUUCUGUCCAAUUCAGUGCAAAAGGCAGAGUGCAAGAUUCUGACUCUUUGCUCUCAAGACAGACAAAGAAGAAGUUUUCUGCCUUGAAACAAAAAGAUUGCAGACAGGAAUCAUUCUCUGUUUUAUCAGAUGCCACCGUAACAAUGCUUAUAGCAUUGAAGGAUGCUGCUGUAAUUGCACCAGUUCCCUACAUUGGUGAAGCAGUAGGAUUGGCUAUAGGGAUAUGGAAAAAUGUCCAGGUCUGUGAUAUUUCCUGACAAUCAUGG